ACAGAGCCAAAGGUUUGCAGUAAAGAAUCUCACUGUGAAGAAGAAGAAGAAGAAAGCACAAAAGCUCAGGAGGAGAGAGGUUUAGAGAGAAAUGCUCACUUUGAAUCUCCCCGAUUCGCUUCGUCUUCUUCCAUUUCGAAACCCGAGGCCUCCCAAAUCCGAUUCGUGUGCUUCUCCUUCUUUUUCUUCUUGCUCAUCGUCGAGGAGAUGCGUCUCCUCCGCUUGUCCAAUUUCGAUCGGGUUUAGGGUUCGUGAUCAAUGCUUCUCUAGAUGUUUGAGUCAAUUGCGUCGGAAUGAGUCUAAGCAGCUAGAGUUACGAUGUUUCCGACGAAAUGCCGCUUGUUACAUCGAGAAAGCUGAUUCUGAUGAAGAAAAAGAUAGAAAUCUUGAUGGUUCGGUUGAGCUAUCGAUAGCUCACUCAAGAAGAGAGACUCAGAGAGUUCUUAAGUUCUUGGCGGUAUCGGGUUCAGUCGCAUUACUCGGCAAUGAUCCAGCUUUUGCAGCUUCUUCAAUUGCCAAUGGGACGCAGUCAAUUGUCACUUCUCUUGGAGACCUAGGAGAUAUUAGCUCAGGUUUUGCUUCGGCGUUCUUGCUUAUCUUUUUCUCUGAACUUGGAGACAAGACUUUCUUCAUUGCGGCCCUUUUAGCAGCAAGGAACUCUGCUGCUACUGUAUUUGUGGGGACUUUUGGCGCUCUUGGGAUAAUGACGAUUAUAUCUGUAGUGCUUGGACGAACUUUCCAUUAUGUUGAUGAAAUUCUUCCCUUCAGGUUUGGUGAAACAGAUUUGCCUCUAGAUGAUAUUGCAGCAGUUUGUCUUCUGGUUUACUUCGGUGUAUCAACGUUAUUAGACGCUGCUUCAGAUGAGGGUAAAGCUGAGGAAGAACAGAAAGAAGCAGAACUAGCAGUUUCAGAGCUUUCAGGUAAUGGAGCGGGGAUAGUGGCAGCCGCAAGCACCAUCGUCAGCACUUUCGCCUUGGUUUUUGUUGCGGAAUGGGGUGACAAAUCCUUCUUCUCAACAAUUGCUCUUGCGGCUGCAUCAUCGCCAUUGGGUGUCAUCGCUGGAGCAUUGGUGGGUCAUGGUGCUGCGACUCUACUUGCGGUUUUGGGAGGUUCUUUGCUGGGAAAUUUCUUAUCAGAGAAGGCAAUUGCAUAUGUCGGAGGAGUUCUGUUUCUCGUGUUUGCUGCUGUGACGGUGGCUGAGAUCGUUACGUAAGUAGCGAUAAUAAUAUUUUUAGUUCUCUCAUUUCUUGUAUAAAAAAAAUAUACACUACUAUUUUAAAUUUUUGUUUAUAUAUACUGUUCAUUCAUCACUCUUUCUGCUAACCGAUACUGUGAAUUCGCUGUUUUUGUUUUCAUAUGUUAACAGUGAAAUGAAAUACAAUUUGUUUUUUA